AAAAAUAUUCAUUCUUGCUAUGUUGGGUAUAACAAUUCAGCAAAAUGUAUACUACGUUGGACUCCAUCUCAUUUCUCCAACUGUUGCCAGUGCCUUGGGCAAUGUCAUUCCUGCUUUUACUUUCUUAUUGGCAAUUGUACUGAGGAUGGAAAAGCUCAGCUUGAAGACUGUAAGAGGGAGGGCCAGGCUUGCAGGGACCAUCUUCUGCAUUACUGGUGCCCUGAUCUUCACAUUUUGGAAAGGUCAUUUGUUGGGGGCCUUUGUUACUUCACCUUUGAUCCAACUUCAUUUCGAAAGUCCUGAGAAAGGCGAUGCCUGGCUUAAAGGCUCUGCUCUUAUGCUAUUCGGCUAUUUUGCAUGCAGUGUAUCGCUUGUUCUUCAGGCAUCCAUCUGUGAGAUCUACCCAGCCAAACUCACCAUGAACGCCGUGAUGUGCUUCUUCGCAGCACUGCAAUCUUCUGCACUUUCCCUCAUCUUUGAAAGGAAUGCCUCGUCAUGGAGAAUGUUUUGGAACGUGCAGCUCAUGACCAUCAUAUACAGCGGAACUGUCGUAUCUGGCCUUGUAUACUACAUGCAAAUAUACUGUGUUAGCGAGAAGGGACCUGUAUUUUGUGCCAUCUUCACACCUCUCGGAAUGUUGGUCGUGGCUCUUGUCUCGGCCUUCGUCUUUGCUGAACAACUUCAUGUCGGCAGCUUGAUCGGAGCGGUGAUCAUAAUCCUGGGACUCUACUGCGUCCUCUGGGGAAAAAGUAGAGAUUCCAGUGAGAAUGGUGACGAGGAUUGUGAAGCACAGAAGGAUCCAGGAGCUGAAAAGAAUCCGUGCGAUGUUUAG